CACACAAAUUAUAAAAGCUAAGGAUGAGUAACUGAGAGUACACAUUAGAUUUUGUGUAACCCCCCAGUACUCGUUCCUCCAUUAGCAUGGCACCAGUGAUGAUCUCCCACUGCUUUCUUCUCUUUCUUUUCCUCUCGUCUAGUAUUUCACUUAUUGUGAAUUCCCAACAACAACAACAUCAUCAUCAUCAUCAUCAUCAUGUCUGUGAUCCUAAACAAAGCUUAGCGUUACUUCAAUUCAAGAAUGCCUUUUUCCAGCCUACUCCAUCAUCAUCAUGUGGUCAAUAUCUGCAUGGCACUUUUUAUGAAUCUACACCUCAUUAUCGACUUUCCAAGUGGAAUGAGAGCACAGAUUGCUGUUCAUGGGACGGUGUGGAGUGCGACGAUGACGGACAAGGCCAUGUGGUUGGUCUUCAUCUCGGCUGCAGUUUACUCCACGGAACUCUUCAUCCUAAUAGCACCCUUUUCACCCUCUCCCACCUCAAAACCUUGAAUCUUUCUUUUAACCAUUUUUCACAAUCUCCAAUUUCACCUAAAUUUGGAAUAAUGCUUACUAACUUGAGGGUUUUGGAUCUUUCAUGCUCUUCCUUCCAAGGCCAGGUUCCCAUGCAAAUAUCAUACUUGUCUAACUUGGUUUCCCUUAAUCUUUCUUCUAAUUUUGAUCUCACUUUUUCAAAUGUGGUUAUGAAUCAACUUGUUCAUAACUUAACCAAUCUAAGGGAUCUUCAACUUAGUCAUACAGAUCUUUCUUCCAUCACACCCACUUCCUUCAUCAAUUUCUCUCUUUCUUUACAGUCCCUAGAUCUUACUUUAUCUUCCUUGUCUGGAAAUUUUCCAAACCACAUUUUCAGUUUUCCAAAUUUAAAUGUGUUAAAUCUUCAACUUAACCCUGAAUUGGAUGGACAUCUACCCAUGGCUAAUUGGAGUAAAUCCCUUCAAACUUUGGUUCUUUCGUUUACUAAUUUUUCAGGAGAAAUUCCCAACUCCAUUAGUGAAGCCAAGGUCUUGAGUUACUUAGGCCUUAGUUUCUGCAACUUCAAUGGUGAAGUUCCUGAUUUUGAAACUCAUUCUAAUCCUUUGAUCAUGGGUGAUCAGUUAGUACCAAAUUGUGUUUUCAACAACUUCACCCAACAAACUCGGUCCUCUAGUUCAUUUACAAACCUUUGUUCAGUACAUACACCACUUCCAAAUCUUAUUUCUGUGAACUUGAGAGGUAAUUCAUUUACAGGUAGCAUACCUUCUUGGAUAUUUUCAUCGCCUAACUUAAAAAUUUUGAACCUAGAUGAUAACAAUUUUUCUGGUUUCAUGAGGGAUUUUAGCUCCAACUCAUUAGAGUAUCUUAAUUUAAGUAAUAACAACUUGCAAGGUGAAAUCUCAGAGUCUAUUUAUAGGCAACUCAAUCUUGUAUACUUAGCAUUGCAGUCCAAUAAUAUGAGUGGAGUUUUGAAUUUGGACAGGUUGAGAAUCCCAAGUCUAAGGAGUCUUCAAAUUUCCAAUAAUAGCCGACUUUCAAUAUUCUCAACCAAUGUUAGCUCCUCGAAUCUUACUAACAUUGGUAUGGCAUCCCUCAAUAAUUUAGGAAAAAUUCCGUACUUUUUGAGAGACCAAAAGAACUUGGAGAAUCUAUACCUUUCAAACAAUCAAAUGGUAGGAAAAAUUCCUGAGUGGUUUUUUGAAUUGGGUAAUUUGAAGUUCUUGGAUCUAUCUUAUAAUGGCUUGAGUGGUGAACUUCCAUCCUCUUGUCUCUCAAACAUGAAUAAUCUGGACACUUUGAUGUUGAAAAGUAACAGAUUUUCUGGAGUUAUUCCCAUACCACCACCAAAUAUUAAGUAUUAUAUUGCUUCAGAAAAUCAAUUUGAUGGAGAAAUCCCUCAUUCAAUUUGCCUUGCAGUUAACCUUGAUAUUCUCAAUUUGUCAAAUAAUCGAAUGAGUGGAGGAACAAUUCCAUCAUGUCUCACAAACAUUUCUCUUUCAGUUUUGGAUUUGAAGGGUAACAACUUUAUUGGUACAAUUCCAACAUUGUUUUCCACAGGAUGUCAACUAAGGAGUCUUGAUUUGAAUGACAACCAAAUAGAAGGAGAAUUGCCACAAUCAUUGUUGAAUUGUAAGAAUCUUCAAAUUUUGGAUCUCGGGAAUAACAACAUAACAGGCUACUUUCCUUACUGGUUAAAAGGCGUUUUGGAUUUGCGAGUUCUCAUCCUUCGAUCAAAUCAAUUCUAUGGUCAUAUCAACAAUUCUUUCAACAAAGACUCCUUCUCAAACCUACGAAUUAUUGAUCUCUCUCACAAUGAUUUCAGCGGACCAUUGCCUUCAAACCUUUUUAACAACAUGAGAGCCAUCCAAGAACUGGAAAACAUGAGCUCCCACUCUUUUCUUGUAAAUAGAGGACUUGAUCAAUACUAUGAAGACUCAAUUGUUAUAUCACUAAAAGGGUUGGAACGGAGUUUGGGAAUAAAUCUUUUCAUAUGGAAAACUAUCGAUCUGUCGAGUAAUGAUUUUAACGGAGAGAUACCAAAGGAAAUUGGAACCUUAAGGUCUUUACUAGGUUUGAACCUUUCACACAAUAAGCUUAGAGGUGGGAUUCCUACAUCACUUGGCAGUUUGAGCAAUUUGGAAUGGUUGGAUCUUUCUUCAAAUCAAUUGUUUGGUAGCAUUCCUCCUCAGCUGGUUUCUCUUACGUUUCUCUCAUGUUUGAAUCUCUCACAAAAUGAGUUGUCAGGUCCAAUUCCUAAAGGCACACAAUUUGGUACAUUUGAGAAUUCUUCCUACUUUGGAAACAUUGGACUAUGUGGGAAUCCUCUACCCAAAUGUGAUGCAGAUCAAAAUGAACACAAAUCUCAACUAUUACAGAAAGAAGAAGAAGAUGACAGUUAUGAAAAAGGAAUUUGGGUGAAAGCUGUGUUCAUUGGGUAUGGAUGUGGGAUGGUAUUUGGAAUGUUUAUUGGGUAUGUUCGUUUUUAAAUGUGGGAAACCCAUGUGGAUUGUGGCAAUAGUGGAAGGCAAAAGAGCUCAAAAGAUCCAAACAUCUAGGAAGAGUAAUAUGGCUAAGAGAAGAAAUUAGUAGUCCUCUUUUGUUGUUUUAUGAACAAUUUAUGUUUCUUCGAGGGAGAAAAAUUUGUGGAAGCCAAUAAUUCUCAAGUAAACAUCAUUUCAAUCUAUUACCUUACAUGUUUUUCAGAUUUUAUCCUACAUAUUCGUUUUCCUUUUUAAAA